AUGAAUUAAUGUUUCAAUAAGUUAUUGGGAUCGCUAGAUCACAUGUACGAGGCUCUAUUUCAAAAAAUAAUUGAAAUAUUUGCAAGAAGGGGGAUCAUUCGACCAUUAAUUAGAAGACCAACAGUCCCAGUCAUAGAACUCUAAACUAUUGAUCCUUCAUUAAAAUAGCCAUUAGUUUUACACUCUUGUACAUCAACGCCAGUGUUUGCUAAAUGUGAGUCAAUUUAUCGCAGAGCAGAAUCAGAGAAAGAUUUCAGAAAAUGCUUCAUACCUAAUCUAGGUGAUACUAUAAAUAAAGUGGACUCUUAUUCGAGAGAUGCAAGUUUGUUGAAUUUAUUUGAUGAUCAACAGGAGCAACACUAAAAUUUGAAUUAAUAGGAUAAUCAUCAAAUUGGACACAGAUUGCAAACUAUAAUCGAGGAAAAUAAAAUUUAAAAUAAUAGUCACGAAGGAUAUCAAAGUCAAAAUUAAUCAUAAUAGUUCAUAAGACAAUAGUAAUAGCCAAAAGAUAGUAAUCCUCAAGAAUAGGAUCAAACUGAGUAGUUUUUUUCUAUAAUCGAAAAUCCAAUGAAAAUUACUUAAACUGAAUAGUUUUAUAGCAUAAUUGAUAGAAGUUCUUUUAGAGUCAGCUUUAAUAAAUAAUAAUCUAAGAAAUGA